AUGUCGAACAACUCGAUCGCUAACAACAACGCCGUCCGUCUCGGAGCUGCAGCCAUCAUCGGGACAGUGAUCAUUUACUUCCUCUGGUCUGCAACAGCCUCUAGCAGCUCCAACAAGCCUAAGGACCGUAGCUCCAACAGCUCCAAAACCACUACUACUACCACUACUACUACCAUCUCCGAGAAGAAGGCCGUCAAGGGUGUCAGCAAGGAGGUCACCGAGGAGCAACAAGACAAGAAGGUCAUUGACGAAGUCCCUGCUGUCAAGGCUGAGAAGCCGGAAGUGGUCUACCGGGAUAUCACGGAACAGAAGGAACAUGAGGAAAAGCCCCGGGAGAAGGAGCCUGUGAAGGCAGCAGAGAUUGUCCCCGAGCCCGUUCAGGAGCCAGUGGUUGCUCCCAUCGCUGAGCCAACGGUCGAGGAGGUAGAGGAGGAGGAGGAGGAGGAGGAGGAGGAGGAAGAGCAGCAGACGGCACAGGAGCCUGAGAUUCAGGACGAUUCAGUAGAGGAGUUUGAUGAGGAGCAUGAGAUCGAGCUGGUUUAUGAGCGCCAAAUCCCCGCCGCUGCUGUUGUUAUCCCUGCUGUCGUCCAGGAGGUCAAGGAGGUCGAACAGGUUAAGGAGGUCAUUGAAGAGACUGCCCCCGCUGCCGUUGAUGUGCCCGAGCAGGCUGAGGAGGAGCCCGAGCAGAUUCAGGAGCCCGAGCAGGUUCAGGAGGUCCAGGAGGAGGCUCAGGUCGAUACCCCCACCACCUUGGUUGGUGAUCAAUUGGAGCAUAUCAAGGAGACCGAGGAGACCGCUCAGGCAGUUGUUGAGGCUCCCCGUAAGACCGAGUCGUGGAGUGUCGUUUCCGAGGACAAGGUCCAGACCCUCCAGGAGGUCUCUCGUGUUGCCCAGCACUCUGAAUUGAACGCCAAGGCUGCCGAGUUCAAGCCAAGUUGGUUGCCCUCUGCCACUGUUGCCCCCGCCAAGCCCAACGGAACUGUCGACAAUGGCACGCCUGCCGCGGAGCCCGUCAAGAUGAAGUCGAGGUGCCGAUUCUGGCCCAACUGCACCAACAAGUCGUGCAAGUUCACCCAUCCCUCCACAUACUGCCGUGAUCCUGACAACUGCUCCUUCGGUGACCGCUGCAACUUUAUCCACCCUAACGACAUGACUGCUCGUCCCCCAAGAGACAAGGGUGACAAGAAGGGCGUCCGUCGCCCAAUCGCUGCCGGCGACCGCAAGGGUCGUCCCAAGUCGUCCGACUCGUCCGUCAACAUGGUCGCUGCCUCCCCCGUCGACGCAUGGAGCAAGUAA